AUCAACGCAAGAUUGAACCCCGCGUACGUCACAACGCCCGCCGUUAGAGGGGAUUAACCACACUUUGGAGAUGUUUUCUGCAAGAGGAAGUGGUUGGUGUGUGGCAAUGAGGGGGUAUACGCCCUUGUCGAUUCCGCCGUGCCAGUCCACUGCAAGCGGAAGACGCUAAACACACUCCAACCUGCAUGACGUCUCGCCGGUUCCCACCCCGCCAAGGCUCGAUACUUGGCUGUCCGUCAUGGUCUGCGAUACCAUGUCCCGCCUGCGUCUCCAGCUGGGUGUUUAAAGGGCUUCCAUUCCCCAGAUCUAGAUUGCUUGUCCAAUCCAACCUUCUUCUUAGCAUUCGAAUGAACCAAAAUCAUUCGCCAUGGGAGAGAAGCAACCAUCACUCGAAGGCCACAAGUCUGGCCAGUCCAAUGAACCUCUAUCAGCACCAGCCCACGCACUUUCGUUUCAGAAGGUGAUCGAGGAGACAAAGUGCAACCCCGACGAUGGACUUACCACCGCAGAGGCAAAGUCUCGCCUUGACAGGCUUGGAAGCAACGAUCUUGGAGAUGAUGGCGGUGUCCAGCCAGCAAAGAUUCUGCUUCGACAAGUAGCCAACUCUAUGACAUUGGUGCUGAUUGCUGCCAUGGCUGUUAGUUUCGCAAUUGAGUCGUGGAUUGAAGGUGGUGUCGUAACUGCCAUCAUUCUUCUUAACGUUGUCAUUGGUUUCUUCCAAGAAUUCAACGCAGAGAAGACAAUGGACUCUCUCCGAUCUCUGAGUUCUCCAACUGCCACAGCCAUCCGAGACGGAAAAACUGUCACCGUUCCUACCAUUGAAGUGGUCGUCGGCGAUUUAGUCGAACUCAAGACUGGUGACACUAUUCCUGCCGAUAUUCGCAUCAUUGAGGCAGUCAACUUCGAAACCGAUGAGGCUCUCCUGACUGGUGAAUCGCUCCCAGUUUCGAAGGACUCUGAUGCUACUUUCUCCGAAGAGACUGGACCCGGCGAUCGUCUGAACGUCUGCUUCAGCUCAGCCACCGUUACCAAGGGCCGCGCCCGUGGCGUUGUCUUCGCGACUGGAAUGUAUACUGAAAUCGGUUCUAUUGCUAUGUCUCUUCGCCAGAAGAACUCUCGCGUACGUCCGGUGAAGCGAAAGGAGGACGGUAGUCGACCAAAGCCUCACCGUUACGCUCAGGCCUGGGGUCUGACUGCUGGUGACGUUGUUGGUGCUUUCCUUGGUGUCAACGUCGGCACUCCUCUCCAGAAGAAGCUUGCGCGCCUUGCUAUCCUUCUCUUCGGUACUGCCAUCAUCUGCGCUAUCAUCGUCCUGGGUGCCAACUCGUUCUCCAGCAACCGCGAAGUUAUCAUCUACGCUGUUGCUACCGGUCUGUCCAUGAUUCCCGCUUCGCUUACAGUCGUCUUGACUAUUACUAUGGCUGCUGGUACUAAGCGCAUGGUUCAGCGUCACGUUAUUGUCCGCAACCUGAAGUCUCUUGAGGCUCUUGGUGGUGUGACUGAUAUCUGCUCUGAUAAGACCGGUACCCUCACCCAAGGCAAGAUGGUCGCGAAGAGGGCCUGGAUUCCAGCUAAGGGCACAUACUCCGUUGGUGUUACCGACGAGCCUCACAACCCUACUGUUGGCUCGUUGAGCUUCACAUCAAAGGAGCCCCGCCACAUCGACCCCGAUCAGGACGAGAAGACACACACUUACGAGGAGCUGAUUGAAGAUAACCCCCAUCUCAUUGAAUAUUUAAAGGUCGCAUCUCUUGCCAACUUGGCAAAUGUCCACCAAACUGAGGGCACAUGGAAUGCUCGUGGUGAUCCCACUGAGAUCGCCAUUCAGGUUUUCGCAUCUCGCUUCGACUGGAACCGCCUGCAAUUUACUCAGGGAGAUUCACCCAAGUGGAAGCAGCUUGCUGAGUUUCCCUUUGAUUCCGAUGUCAAGAAGAUGUCCGUCAUCUUCGAGGAAGUCGCCUCUUCCAAGAAAGAGGUAUUCACCAAGGGUGCCGUCGAGCGUGUCAUCUACUCUUGCGAUACUGUCUACAAUGCCGAGAGCAACGACGUUGUCACCCUGGACGAUGACUACCGUGAGGAAAUUCUUGCCAACAUGGAGGCGCUCGCAUCUUACGGUCUCCGUGUCUUGGCCUUUGCAAGCAAGGACUACGACGGCCCACUCCCCACAAAGGGCGAAGAACUCGACAGGAAGAACAUCGAAGAGAAGCUCGUCUUCCGCGGACUCGUUGGCCUCUACGACCCCCCUCGCCCAGAAACUGCUGGCUCUGUCCGCCAGUGCCAGAAGGCUGGUAUCGAAGUCCACAUGCUUACUGGUGACCACCCUGGAACCGCGCGCGCGAUUGCCGCCGAAGUUGGUAUCCUGCCAUCGAACAUGUCUACUCUCGCCAAGGACGUUACCGACGCUAUGGUCAUGACUGCCACCCAAUUCGACAAGCUCUCCGACGACGAAGUCGACGCUCUUCCGCUACUCCCUCUCGUCAUCGCUCGCUGCGCUCCAAACACCAAGGUUCGCAUGAUCGACGCUCUGCACCGCAGGAAGGCUUUUGCCGCUAUGACUGGUGACGGCGUUAAUGAUUCUCCGUCUCUCAAGCGCUCAGACGUCGGUAUUGGUAUGGGUACUGGAUCUGACGUUGCCAAAGAUGCCUCCGAUAUUGUUUUGACCGACGACAACUUUGCAUCUAUCCUGAACGCUAUCGAAGAGGGCCGCCGCAUGUUCGACAACAUCCAGAAAUUCAUCCUGCAUUUGCUCGCCCAGAACAUUGCUCAGGCCUGCGUCUUGCUCAUUGGUCUUGCAUUCAAGGAUGAGACUGGCCUUUCCGUGUUCCCAGUAUCUCCCGUUGAAGUCAUGUGGAUUAUUAUGGUCACUUCUUCGCUUCCUGAUAUGGGUCUUGGUUUUGAGAUUGCCGCUCCCGAUAUUCUGGAUCGUCCUCCCCAGAGCCUCAAGCGCGGUGUCUUCACCAUUGAGGUUAUGAUCGAUAUGUUCUUCUACGGCCUUUGGAUCGCCGCACUCUGCCUUGCUGCCUUCUCCGUCGUCAUGUUUGGUUUCGGUGACGGUAACCUUGGUGUUGGCUGCAACGAAGGUUUCAACGACAGCUGCACGACUGUGUUCCGCGCCCGUGCUACCACAUUUGCUUGCCUAACCUGGUUCUCGGUCUUCCUUGCCUGGCAGAUGAUUGACAUGCGCCGCUCGUUCUUCAUGAUGCAGCCCGGCUCGAAGAAGUACUUCACCCAGUGGUUCCAUGAUGUGUGGCGCAACAAGUUCCUCUUCUUCUCCAUCAUGGGAGCUUUUAUCACCAUUUUCCCAGUCCUGUACAUCCCGGUUAUCAACACCAAGGUGUUCAGGCACUCCGGUAUCAGCUGGGAGUGGGGUGUAGUCUUCAUCGCCACAUUCCUGUUCUUCCUUGGAGUUGAGGCAUGGAAGUAUGGCAAGCGCCAGUACUUCAAGAAGAAGGAUCCCAACAGUGGAAGGAGAGGAUCAGUUGAUCUUGAGGCUCGCGUCUUCGAGCGCUACCUCAGUACAGCGAUCAGCACAGACGAAGACAACGAGAAGAAAUAGAUAAGGCCAUGUGUAUAAACAUGGUCGUGUGAAUGGGUUUUGUUUCGACGCUCCCAGUUGGGAGUAUGCUCUGUUCAUGAUGAUGAAUCUUGGAGCAAUGGCGUUUUCAACUAUGCAUAGCUUGCGAUACCUCGACGCCUGAUACGGCCCUUUUUCAGCAGGAGUUGAAUAGUUUCUUUCCACAGCUAGAUAUCACUCUGCAAUAAUGUCAACACAACAACUUC